CUGUGCCAGGCGCCAGCCCUGCCCGGGCUGUGCCCUGCCGGCCUGGAGAGCCCCGGGAUCACCCCAGGAGCCGCUCCGGGAAUGGAAUCGGGGCUGGGAGGGACCCCGCGCUCCGUGUGUGGCUGAGCCAGCGCUGCCCUCGCGUCUCCCAGUGCCCAGACCGGCCCUGGCCGCCUCCCCUGGCUUCUCCCAGCGCCUGGAAAAAGGGAUUGGAGACACCCAGGAGGAGCGGGAGAAGCCGCUGGGCACGCAGGGAUGCUCGGGGCCGGGAAAAGCCCCUUGGAGCGGCGUUUCCAGGGAUGCUUUGGCUGGAAGUUGCAGGAAUGACCUCAAGGAGGAGCCUGGAAGAUGCAGCCGAGCGCGGGAACGACUCCUUUGGGGAGACAGAAGAGGCCCAGCUCUGACUGAGGCGCUCCCAGUGUUAUGAGCUCCCAUUUCAGGGCCGCCAGGCAGGGGCUGACGCUUCCAGGGGCUCGCAUGGAGCAUCCGCCCCCACGGGCGCCGUCCCCACCCUGCUGUCACCGCUGUCACCCCGUGGCCGGCUCUGGAUGCUCCCUGUGACCUUCCCCAGGCCAAAAUGAGAGGCCUCCAGCCCUGCUGCCUCCUGCUGUGCGUGGUGGCCGCCAGCGCCAUGCCCACGGUGCCCUGGAGGGUGGCGUGUCCCCCGCGCUGCGUGUGCCAGAUCCGGCCCUGGUACACGCCCCGCUCCGCCUACCGCGAGGCGGCCACGGUGGACUGCAACGACCUCUUCAUCACCUCCGUGCCCCCGGAGCUGCCCGAGGGCACCCAGACCCUGCUGCUGCAGAGCAACAACAUCGCCCGGCUGGAGCAGGGCGAGCUGGGCUACCUGCGGAACCUCUCGGAGCUGGAUCUGUCGCAGAACAGCUUCUCCGACGUCUGGGAUUUCGGGCUCAGGAACAUGCCCCAGCUGCUCAGCCUGCACCUGGAGGAGAACCUGCUCUCCGAGCUGCCCGACGGCAGCUUCCCGGGAAUGGGGAACCUGCAGGAGCUCUACCUGAACCACAACCGGCUCCGCAGCAUCGCCCCCCGCGCCUUCGCCGGCCUGGGCAGCCUCCUGAGGCUCCACCUCAACUCCAACCUGCUGAGGACGCUGGACAGCCGCUGGUUCCAGAUGCUGCCCAGCCUGGAGAUCCUCAUGAUCGGCGGGAACAAGGUGGACGCCAUCCUGGACAUGAAUUUCCGGCCCCUGGGCAACCUGCGGAGUUUGGUGCUGGCCGGGAUGCACCUGCGGGAGAUCUCGGAUUACGCCCUGGAAGGGCUGAAGAGCCUGGAGAGCCUCUCCUUCUACGACAACAAGCUGGCAGAUGUCCCCAAGAGGGCUCUGCAGCAGGUGCCCGGCCUCAAAUUCCUGGAUCUCAACAAGAACCCUCUGCAGAGGGUCAAGCAGAGCGACUUCACCAACAUGCUGCACCUCAAGGAGCUGGGCCUCAACAACAUGGACGAGCUGGUGUCCAUCGACCAGUUCGCCCUCAUCAACCUCCCCGAGCUGACCAAGCUGGACGUGACCAACAACCCCAAGCUGUCCUUCAUCCACCCCAAGGCCUUCCAGCAGCUGCCGCAGCUGGAGACGCUGAUGCUCAACAACAACGCCCUAAGUGCCUUGCACCGGCAGACGGUGGAGUCGCUGCCCAACCUGCAGGAGAUCAGCAUCCACGGCAACCCCCUGCGCUGCGACUGCGUCAUCCGCUGGGUCAACAGCACCCGGCCCCGCGUGCGCUUCAUCGAGCCCCAGUCCACGCUCUGCGCCGAGCCGCCCGACCUCCAGCGCCGCCACAUCCGCGACGUCCCGUUCCGGGACAUGACGGAGCAGUGCCUGCCCCUCAUCUCGGCCCGGAGCAUCCCGGCGCGCCUGGAGGCCGAGGUCGGCGACAGCGUGGCGCUGCACUGCCGGGCGCUGGCGGAGCCGGAGCCGGAGAUUUACUGGGUGACGCCGGCGGGGGUGAAGCUGCUGCCGUUCGGGAAUGAUGGAAAAUUCAAGGUGCACUCCGAGGGGACGCUGGAGAUCCGCGGGAUCGCGGCGCGCGAGGCCGGGCUCUACACGUGCGUGGCUCACAACCUGCUGGGUGCCGACACCCGCAGCGUCCGCGUGCUGGUCAACCACUCCUUCCCGCUGGGCCAGGACACGCUGGAGCUGCUGGUGGUGGACGUCCAGCCCCACCACAUCCUGCUGGCGUGGCAGCCGCGCCUCAACACCGUCUCCUCCAACCUCACCUGGGCCAGCUCCGCGCUCGGAUCCCGCACGGACGCGGCCGGAGCGGCGCGGAUCCCGUCGGGAACCCACAGCUUCAACAUCACCCGGCUGCGCCCCGACACCGAGUACUGGGCGUGUCUGCACGUGGCCUUGGUGGCCUCGCCAGCCAGGGUGGCCUGUGUCACCGCCAGGACUAAGGAGGCCGCCCAGGGGCUGCCGUGGGGACAGGGGAUGCCGGUGACGGCGCUGCUGCUCUGCCUGCUGCUCCUGGCCACCGCCGGGCUCGCGGCCCGCGCCGGAUCCCAGCGGGAAUUGCUCGGCGGGGCCGUGCGCGUGGUUUAUCCCGCGCAGCCCCCGCUGGCGCAGCCCCGGGGACACCUCCUGGCCGUGCAGGUGCAGGCAGCCCCCCCGGAUUGCUGAGGGAGGAUGGAUUUUGGGGGGAUUCAGCGGGAUUUUGGGG